AUGGAAGCCCCCCCAAAGGGUCCCCAGAGCCUGCACCAGAGCGCUGCGGCACGAUGCAACAAAUCCAGAGUCUUGCAAGGGUCAGUGUCAAACUGGCCCCCUGCAAGGGAGGCUCGCGGGCGUUCCCACCUGGCCCAAAGCCACAUUAAUCCGUGGGACUCUGUACUCCUCGGCGUGGCGCGGCGUGGCGGUGACAGGGGACACACUGCCAGGAAGACCAGAUCGAAGGGAGCCACGAGAAGUCGCUGGGACCCACGGAUGAGUGAUGUGCUUCCACCUAAGCCUUGUUUCACGUUCGAGGCUCUCAACGCGGGACAAAAAAUACUGGUGACAGUAUUUCUUAGCGCUACGUUCAUUGGCAGGACGGCGUCAGUCGUUGCCUGUGCCGGCCCUCGAGCCGCGCCCGCCCGGCGCUGCCCGUUGCCGCGGCGGAUCGCUAACAGCUCCCCCGCCCGCGAGCGCAGCCGGGGCCGCGGGGGCGGCUCCCUGCCGGCUCCCUGCCGGCUCCCUGCCGGCUCCUCGAGCGAGGCCGAGGGCCAAGGGGAGGGCGAAAGGGAGGGCUGGUCUGCGUAUGUUGUGAGAGCGCUGCCGGGAUACGCGCCUGUGUUGUGGGAACCGCGAGCGGCCGAGGGGCAGCCUGCGGAUGUCCGGCGGGCACCUCCGGCAGCCGCACCCCUGGGCUGCCCGGACAAGCGUUCGGGACCUUCAGGAAAGCCUCGCGCUGGCGGCUUGGAGCUGCCCCACGGCACUCGCGGCGAAGCCUCGGCCAGCCGCGGGAUGGAGCUGGCGGUGCGGGAGCAGCUGCUCGCCGCAGAGAGCGCCGGAGAUGUUCAGGCUUUGAAGAAUGCUUACAAGUUAAUCAAAUCAGCCAGUGAAAGACAAUCUGCACUUGAUUCAACAGAUAACAUCAGCACCGAUUUAUAUGUUUUAUGUGCUGAACAAGCGCUUCAGCUGGGAUAUCUGGAAAUUAGCAGUGAUUGUCUACAGAUGUAUUUUAAAGGAAGAUUUCCUGUGAACCAGUUUCUUGGCAGAGCAUAUUUGUGCCAAGGCCAGUUGCAUGCCCCACGUUCUACAGAUAAUUUGGAAGAGUUUGAAAAGUUUGUGCUGUUUUUUAUGAAGGCAAUAGAUUUUGCAACCUAUGAAAGAAGGUAUUUUUUUCUGGUAUAUAAUGCCUCAGUUCUUUAUUGGCAACUUGUGAGGCCGUUUCUUAAGCCUGGAUUCCGCUACUGCCUUAUUCCCAGCCUGUCACAGAUUGUUACAGCAUUAAACCAAAUUGAAGAGCCAGACAAUGAAUGGCGAGCAGAACUUAUGAUAAAUUUACUUGAGUGCUUCCUCGAUGCUUCAAAACUGGAAGAAGCAAAAGAGUUUUCAUCUGCUGCAGCAGUCUUUAUUAAGGAAAAUGUUCCAGAUAAAUACUCUCAAAUAUUUUCUUUAAUGGUGUAUCACAAACUAAUGGAUAUUUCCCAGGUAGAGAAGGAAAUACAAAAUUCCGUCUGUCUUUCAGUUAUUUAUAAAAUGCAGUUGUUAAAGUUGCAGUGGGAGACAAAUGUAUUUCCAAGGGAUGCCACCGCAAGUCUGAAUUCUUUAUAUGAGCUUUUGAAGCAAUACGAUGUACCUCCCGCAUCUGUUCUCAAUGUGAAGAUUCCUUUGAUUUUGGAAUUAGCUCAUUUUUCUCUGAAAGUAAAUUGCACUGAGCUUGCAGCUCGUUGUAUAUUUGAUUUGAAGAGCGCUCCAAUUACUGAGCAAGGGAAACUUAUUGAGAUAGAAUGUCUGGAAUGUGAAUAUGAAAUGAAGAAAGAUGGCACUGAAAUUGUGACUUAUACCAAAGGAGUUGUUGAGGCUCAGCUGAAAUUGAUCAAAAAUCUUGAAUUAACGUUAAAACGUGCAGUUCAGUUGGGAGAUCCUGGUGUGAUUCAGGUUGUUUGUGCAACCCAGUGGAAUCUGUGCUUACCACUACUACAGCACAAUUUGCAUCAACAUGUACGAAAGCCAUUGAUCUCAGUUGCUGAAGUCCUUGAAGAGAUUGACAGCAUGUUGAUUUUGUUGCGUUGUCAAGUUCAUAUGGAAAUAGCUCGUAUUGAAGAAGAUGGGGAUAGACUAGAGGCUGCUCUGGAACAUUUGCAGAAAGCUGUGCACCUGAACAGCAGUGGGCAGUAUCAAGAACAUCUAAGGCUGAGUUGUAAGCGCCUCCGUUUGAGUGCUAUGCUGUAUGAGUCACCUGUGCAUCUAGAGGAUCAGGCAGUCAUGCUGAUUGAACAGGCUAAAAGGGGAAAACAAAAGGAUAAUAUGAGGAAAAAGAGAUCACUUCUGGUAAAUGCAGGUCUUGCAUUAGCCCCUGACACAUUUCAAAUAGUCCUUGAUAGUGAAAAUGAAGCUAAAGUUUUCUCAGGUAAAAGUAAUAGUCAAAUAAGCUACCUCUGUGCAAAAGCCCAACAUCAUACUAAAAGUGUGAAGAAAGUUGAUGAACAUUUGAAACACUUAAAAAAUGGAAAUGGCAGAGAAAGAAUUAUACUUUGGGCAGAUUUGGCAAAAGUUGCAUGUAAACAGGAAGUGUGGGAUGUCUGUCGUGCAGCAUGUAGAUUUUGCCUCUUGUAUGAUGAUAUUUUUUUUAGGGAGGCAACAAAGCAUAAACAAACACAGAAGCACAGAGCUAAUGUAACUGUGAUGAUUGAUGGUCAAGGUGGCCGCUCACCAGGAGAAUCAUUGCUGCCUGCUAAAUCCUUCUCUUUUGAAGCAUAUUUACUCAGAAUACUAGCAGAAAUAAGAUUUAUUAAUGCAGAGGCAACUGUCCAUUUAUUAAGAUUGCAGGGAGUCAAACUGAAUGAUCAUGCUGUACCUCCAGAAGCUACAUACCAGUGUCGUCCAGGAUAUGUUUCAUAUCUUCCUGACAGUGAUCCAGAAUGGAAAACAUACAGUUUAUGGAUAGACAACUUAUCUCAUUAUGCCAUGGAAAACUUCAAACGUGCAGCUGAAAUAGGAGAAGAAUUGAAUGAAGCCUGGAUUGUUCACAAUGCUGUGGUGUAUGUCUUAAAUUAUAACAGACAUGUGAUUUCUUCAGGAAGACAGAGGGACAUCAUUGAGUAUCUGCAGACUCUUCUUCGAGCCAUCAAGACUGUUGGGCACAAUGGAAGUACUGAAAUUUUACUGAUGUUAUGUAAUGCUUUGGCUCGAGGCCUAAUCAUUUCUUGGAUCCCGAAGUCAAAACCUGCUGAGAAGAUAGAAGAUACAGCAGUAGAGAGUAGCAGAAAAGCUGCAGCAAAGGAAAAAGAAAAUAUAAUCCAGUCUUUUUCAGUAGAUCCUAGUGGAUUUCCUGAUAUCAAAGCUGCCUUAGAGAUUUGUGAAUUUGCCCUAAAGGCAAUGACUGGAACAAAACCUAAUGAAAAAAUCUCUAUUGCUGCACAGCAACAGAUCAUUGCUACCUGGGUGAAAGCAAAGCAAUUAAAUCAGCAGCAGAUCAGACAUCAGCUUGGGACUCGGGGGGAGAAUAAUGAUGGAGUACAAAAUCCUCUGGCAAGAAUUCUUGUUGGUCUGGAAAUGUAUUCAUGUAAUGGCUUGGGUCUCAUGGAUUUCACUUGUCCUAGCUUAUCUCAGUUACUGGAUCUGGCUUUAGAAUGCAGUUGGUCAGAUUCCUUAGUGGAAUUGCAGACACUGACACGACUUACAUAUUUUGCAUAUGUAUCACAAGACUAUAAAAGAGUGAUGACUUGUUCCAAAAGGAUCUUGGAAUCAGAUGAUAAUUUUGUCCUCAAUAGAAAUAUUAAGAAAUAUCGCAUGCUUGGUAACAGGGUGAGACAAGAAAUGUUAAGCGUUGCGGCCUGUAUACAAGGAAAGAGCAUAAUGGAGAAUUUAUCUGGAAGAAAACAUCUGCGUGUAGCAGCAUCGAAAACCUUUGUUCAGAGUGCCAGGCAUGCAGGUGAAGCUGGAAAUUAUUCCCUUGUAAUGUUUGCAGCUGCACACUUUUGGAAUGCAGCUUUACCUUUGCUAGGCUCACCACAUGACCGAGAACAGUUUAAAGAACCUACCAAAAUCAUUCUUAAGAACAUAAUUAAAGCAGAAUCUAAAAACAAACAGGAAAAGAAAGAUACAUGUCCUUUGCAUCAGUGGAUUACAAAGGAUUUUCAAAAUAUUGGGUUAUCAGUUGGAUGCUUUCUCCCAGGUGCUGAGGAAGAUCUGACAUUAAGAACCUCCUUAUAUGGUCUGUUAUUCCACAUCUAUGCUGAUAAAGCUGACUGGGAGGCAGCACUGAAACUCCUGGAUGAAGCUGUUCAAGUUUUGCCUCAGAAAAGACACAAACUCCUGAUUUUCAAACUUAUGGCUACAGUGAGGGCAGGAUCAGGAUGCAAUUUUAUGAUGGCAAUUCAGAAAGCCAGUCAUGAAAGUGAAGAUUACUUGUCACAUGUGUGGCGACACUUGGUAACAGUCUCCAGAAGUACUGUUGGACAGUUAAGCUGUUUCCAAAAUGCAAUCUUUGCUUUGCAGAAACAAGAAGAUGAAUGGCAGAGAGUUGAUUACCUGAUGGAAUUUGCUGAAUGCUUAUAUUGUAAUCAGUUUCCCCUCAAUGAUGCUAUUAAACCUCUGCAGUGGGCAGUAGAUCUUCUGCUUUGUAUGAAAUUCCCUAUGCCAUCUUCACAAGAGGAAGAAAAUGCUGAGAUGGACAAUGGAGUAAAUGGUACCACACCCCAAAUGAAUUUGGAAGAUUUGAGUAAUAUUAAACAACUGGAAGCUUUGUUUAGAGCACAGACAUUAAUGGCUUUAUUUUCUGGUCAUGGAUCUUCUUUUCAUCAGCAGCACUGUUUGAUGGCCUAUGCCUGUAUCAUCCGUAUCUGGCAGGUUGAAGUUUCUGUUUCAAAGGAGAAACCUAAAGGGAAAGAAUCAGUUGAUAACUUACCAGCAGAUGUGGAAGAAUGGGCCCAGUAUGACUGUCCCAAUGAAAUCAGAGAUACUUUUAAACAGAAAACAAAUAGUUAUGGUAUUCACUGGGAUAAUUUCCCAAAACCUACUUGCACUUUGUAUUUUAUGGACCUUUUAUCAAAAGAACUACAGAAAAUUUUUUGCCCCCACUUGAUUCUUCCAGUCUUUCAGCUAGCUGAAGUUAUUGCUAGUGAGGUGCUGGAAUGUAGAAGUCUGUCUGAUCUCUAUCACCUUCGAAUUGCCCUGAUAUGCUCAGAUUUAAAACUGAGUCAGGCAUCUGUGUAUCACGAGAAAGCUGCUGGAGACGUAUACAUUAGUGAAUUAGAGCAAGCAAUGUGUAGGCAAGAGAUUUCACUGAAAAAAGAAAAAUGUUUUGAGGUAAAUGCAGUAACAGGAAAAGGACUGAGUGCCCUUUCUUUUCCUCGCUUGUGGCUUGAAAAAGCUGAAGUACUGAUUCAGCUAGGCUUGUAUCAGCCAGCAAGGCUUCUGCUUUCCGAGGCCCAUGCUGCAACUCAGGAAUUGAGGGCCCUAUCUGAUAUGUCAAGGUGCUUGUACUUACUUGCUGUGCUGGCCAACCUGGAAAGAAACCCCAGACAAGCUAAAGCACUCGUUGAGAAAGCACAGCUUCUGGGAGGAGAUGAACAAUUUUGGUAUAACAGUACUCUUAGUCUAACGGAAGCAGUUCUAGAGGAAGAGGGGGAAGGAAAACAGAGCUUGACAUUUAAAAUAGAAUUAGGAAAAUUCUGGUGUUACCUGCAGGCUUGUGAGAUAUUGGAACAUACUGUAAGUGUGCUUCGAUCUACUUUAUUGAAGAGACCUGGCAGGCAAUCAGAAUUGGGUUUUAUGAUUGCAUCCCUUGAAGCCAGAAAAACACUUAUUCAGGUACAUUUUGCCCAGGAUCAUAUGACAAUUGAUGCCAGUUCUGCUCAGUUGCCACACAUUCUACAGGAAUCCUACGAUAAAUUAGUUCAAGUUGAGAAGGACUUUCUUCAGCAUGGGCAUAAAAACUACAGUGCUGAAAUACUGCUGGAAUGUGCAAAUAUUUGUAGGAUGACUGCCAAGCAGGAAAGGAACAAAAGAAACAAACACAGUCACUAUCUAGAUGCUUAUAGCUUAGCUCAGAGAGCAGUAUCCAAAACAGAGGAAGUAUUUCAUAACGUUUGUAGUUUAUUUCCAUUGAAUGAGAGUGAAAAUGUUAGUAUCCCAUUAAUGAGACAACUAGCCCUUAGAAAAAUCAAUCUUGUGGAAAUUCUUUUGGAUAUUUUUCAUCUUGUCAUUACUGAGAAAAAGUUUAUAAAUAUAGGAGAAGCAUCAUUUCAUGAAUUUAUGGAGGAAAUCAUUAUUGGAGAUGAUGCAAUAGAACAGGAUUGGAAGUAUAUGAAACGCACCAUGGCUCACAUUACCCUGGCUCAGUUAGCAAACAUACAGAAUCUGUGCAAAGGCUGUCCCAACAUCAAAUCCAAAUGCCUGUAUCUAACUGGAAAAACCCUUCGUUUACUUGCCAUCAGUGUAGAUCCCAUACAUUCAGAGGUUUACUGGAAGCCAAAUGUUAUGACACAACAAAGGACGGCUCAAAAGUAUCUUUCUCAAUCCAGUGAGGCUUUGCUCCAGUCUGUGGCUUUUGCAUUCAGUCAUAAUGUUACUGAGGUUCUGGCUCUUGCCAGUUUGGAAAUGGCUGAGUGCUUUCGACAGUUUGAUCCAAUUUCAACUAGCCAGUUUUUGGCACUUCAUCAGAGUUGUUCGGUAUCUAUGGUGAUGAAGAAUAUCCUUCUAACUGCUACAUCCAACACCAGCAGCUCUCAGCUGGCAGCGUUGCUACAUCUGCAGAAUCAGUUAAAACAAAGCAGAAACACAAGUGAUCUUCUAAAAUGUGUGGAACAACAACUGACUGCUAAUUCAGUGGCAUGGAGAAACCUCUGUAUUCCUGUUGAGCAUUUUAAUAUAGUGGAUGAAUUGCCGUCCAGUUUCUGCAUAGUUAUUCUCCAACAUUCAGAAGACAGAUCACAAUUGUACAGUUCAUUGAUUGAGGUGCCCAAAGUAAGUACUGCAAGGCAGAAAGGAAAACUCACUCAGCGGAUGGUGCAGGCAAAAGUUUCUCGAUUUCCUGUGAAUCCUGAUGUGUUUCGUAUUUUGUUGGAAAAAAUACGUCUUUACAAGCAGCAAAGGAUGAAGAAUCAUCUUAAACCAACUCUUAUUCACAACUUGAAAGAGUGUGUCUCCAAAACAGAUGUGACUCCAACAGAGAAAACAGGUGAUAGUGACCUUGAUUUGACAUCAGAUUUCUCUGAAAUAAUAGAAAUUAUGGAAGACUAUCUGAAACCAACCCUGUCACAGUUUGAUUUUUCUGCUGGCAGAGAAUCCCAGUGUGUAUCAGUUUCAGCAUCUGAAACAGGAAAAAAGAAAGGGAAAGAUAAGGACUCCAGACAAGUUGGAAUGCAGGAUACUCCUGUGGAUUUAGGAUUGUGUGUGGUAUUGCUAGGGGAUACGUUAUUGAUGGAGCUGCCUUUGGAAGCUCUGAGUGUGUUUCAGGAAGAAGGAAUAAGUUCUGUUUCCAGAGAUUUUUCUCUACAGUUUCUCUACAAUCGACUGCAUUGGGCUGAGUCAGGCAAGAAGGCUUGGGAAUUAAAAAAAAGAGGUGAAACAUCUAAAGAAAAAACCACAAAAGCUCAUCAGAAAAAGAAUGUGCAAAUGGCACCAAGUAAUCGUGAUCUACCUUCUAAUUGCUUGUCUGUUGAUACACGUAAUUUAAAAUAUAUUGUGGACCCCUAUAAUGAAGGAAGUGAAGCAGAAGCUUCAAGUCCUUCUCGAAAAAUUCAGGAAAUACUAGAAAAAUACUAUGACCUAUUUACAGUGCAGUGGGAAGGUGUCAUUGGCAAUAUGCAUGCUCCAAGCCAAGCUGAAUGGGAGCAGCUGCUGACAAACUGUAGUGCAUUUCUGUUCUAUGGGAUGGAGAGAUUCAUGUCUCAUGUGUUGCUUAAUUGGUUGGUUGCUAUGAACAUCCCAAAAUGCCGUUUGGUGAUUCUUCUGGAUCUGGUAAGAUCACAGAAAAGUCACCAAAGAAUUGAAAACUCUGAUUUCCACAAAAGAGAGACCAACAGAGACAGCAAUGCUUCUGAGCCUCACAGGGGCUGGGUCUGUAAUAGCCCCCCAGUGGUACACAAGCCUGGAGGAGAAUGCAGGAAGGCUGGAGACCUUGCUGGAGAGUGA